GCAAUGGUUGCUUGAUUGGAUAGAUUUACACGAAAUAAAUGACGAUAACGAGUUUAUUUCUGUUUUCUUUUGUGUACUAAUGUGAAAAUGUGGUUUAUUGAUACUGUUUAAUCAUUUUGCACGCGUCUUUUACGUGUGCUUUGUGCAUUAAAAUGUAUAUUCAGUACACGCUAGGAGCCAUUUUUGUUAUAUUUAUUUUGUGCGUUCAUUGUGAUAAUACUGAUAUUAACAACGAAAAUAGAAAAAUUUAUGUUCCGUCCGCGCCACAAAAUCUAGCGACACGAUCUGUAAGUAGCAACGAGAUUCUAUUGUCAUGGGCCCCGCCGACGACGUACACGGAAAUAUAUAUACCCAGCCUUACGGAUAAGGCUGUGGACGACACACAAGACCAAUCCAAAACACAAAAACCUAAUAAAAACGAACCCCAAUCAGAUGAACCUAUCAAUGACGAAAACAUAAAUCGAGAUCCUAUUGCUAAUAAGAAAUACACAGAGUACACAAUCGAUGGAAAAUUGGACGAUGAGCAACAAAAAUAUCCUACUAGGUUUGAUAUUAAUAAAAGAGACCUAAGAUCUCAUAGACAUAGAAGGAGACGGCAGGAUGGAAACGCAACUGAAGCAAGAAGUCUUAGUUUAGAGGUUCUUGAUUAUCUAGAAAUCCAUGACUCUUUUAAAAUGACAAUGGUUAAGAAAUCUAAUACAGCAUUUAAUAAAGAGUUGAAAGACUCAACGCUAUAUGCUUAUGUAUUAUACUACGAACCGGGAGUUACGAACUUCGAGAAUAGUAAUGUGACAGGAGUGCAGACUUCGGAAGACGUGAAAAGGAAGUAUAUGUUCCCGAGCGACCUGAGGAUGGAGGAUUAUUCAAAUGCGCAAAAAAAUCUGACUCUACUGAACAAGUCCGAAAAGGUGACAAAGAUCGUUGGAUAUAGAUUGAAGAAUUUACUGCCAUUCACACCUUACAAGAUAUGGGUGAGAGCGUUCAUAUUAACCGACGGCUCUAUAUCAUCCGAUCUCCACCUGCGGCUCAGUAACAAGUCGGAGCCGUUGUACGUAUUGACUGAUGUAAUACCGCCUUCACCGCCCAAGAUACUGAAUGUCACGUGCGACUUGAUCAGACAGAACCUUUACCUUCAAUGGCGACGACCCACCAGUUAUAAUAAUACCCUGGACCACUAUGUGGUGACCUUGAGAAAAUUACCUGAACCGCAACCGAGGACCAAGCUGACACUGCCGACUAACAAAAACGAUAUUGAGACCACAAUAAGCAUAGAAGUGGAGUCGUGGAAUAUGACCCGUUAUGAACUGAAGGUAUACGCAGCGACCCAGUCUGUAGCGAAGUCGAAUACAUUCAUCAAUGGUUCAGAAUCACCGCCUGAGGUGGUGUCGAGCGCGUGGUGCACGGCGCACUCGGAGGCGAUGUCCCCGGGCGAGGGGGAGCCGGCCCCCGCGCGCGGCCUGGGGGUCAGCACCACCGCGCUGCUCGCCGUCGCGCUCAUCGCCCUGCUCGCCGCGCUGGGGGUCGCACUCGUCUACUGGAGAUGUCGAUCCCGUCUUAGCAAAUGUAUAAGUGCAGCUUACAAUUACUUAGAAGAAGGCGGCGAAAGGGCUGCCAGGGCGCCGCUUAAUGUUUACAAGAAGCCUGUAGCGAACUGUUCGCCUGCGGGCGCGGCGUGCGGCGCGGGCCCGGGCGCGGGGUGCGCGGGGGCGGCGGAGGGCGCGGAGUGCGCGGCCGCGGCGGCGCGCCCCCCGCGCAUGGCGGGCCCGCACCACCCCGCCGUGCCCGCCAGGGACUUCCCCGCGCACGUCGCCGCGCUGCACGCCGACGGAGACAUCGGCUUCAGCAAAGAGUACGAGAUCGUGGUUACAAAGUCGGCGGCAUUAGGCCAUACCAGUCAUCACAGUCAGCGACCUGAAAACAAACAGAAGAACAGAUAUCUGAAUAUUACUGCAUACGACCACUCGCGCGUGUGCGUGUCGGCGGGGGCGCGGUGCGGCGCGGCGGGGUGCGUGGGCGCGGGCCGCGGCGCCGCCUGCGACUACGUCAACGCCAACUUCAUCGACGGCAUGCUGCCCGCGCUCGAGCCCGCCGCGCGCGCGCGCCUGCGACGCAGGCUGCAGCGCCCGCGCAGGCAACCAUCAUUAAAACCAGUGAAACCACCGCCGGACCUCGCCGAGGGAAUAGAAUCAGCAUUUCUGAAUAUAGAAUUCUCCGGCAUCGUAGAAUCGGAUGAUCAGAAUGAGGACACCGACAGUGAGCACAGUGAUGACGACGGCGAACUUGAUGAUGUAUACGUCAAUAUGGAUGGUGUACCAACGCGCGUUAAACUCGAAUGGCUGAUAUGGAGGCGGCGGUAUAUAGCUACUCAGGGUCCGACACCGGCUACACUGGAUGCCUUCUGGCGCAUGAUUUGGCAACAUCGGGUGCACACUAUCGUAAUGAUCACAAAUCUUGUCGAGCGAGGAAGGCGCAAGUGCGACAUGUACUGGCCGGGCGGCGGGCGCGGCAGCUCGGCGACGCACGGCGGCGUGCUGGUGACGCUGCUGCACGAGGACGUGCGCGCCGCCUACACCGUGCGGCACAUGCGCGUGCGAGCGCACCCGCACAAGGUACUAGCGGAGCGUCACGGUAGCGAAGCGAGCAACGCAAGCGAAGGCAAUGGCAACGAAAGCACGGAUGGCGAGGACGGUAGCCGUAGCGUGGUACAGUACCACUACACGGUGUGGCCCGACCACGGCACGCCGCGCCACCCGCUGGCCGUGCUGCCGUUCGUGCAGGCCGCCGCCGCAGAUCCUGGCACCGUGCUCGUGCACUGCAGCGCCGGCGUCGGUCGUACAGGAACGUAUAUUGUCUUAGACGCACAACUGAACCAGUUGAAACUAACUGGCACCCUAUCUCCUCUCGGGUUCCUAUGUCGUGCUCGUACACAACGAAACCACCUAGUCCAAACCGAAGAACAAUACGUUUUCGUCCACGACGCGUUAUUAGAACACGUACGUUCCGGCGACACAGAAGUAGAGUUCGAGAAAGCUAGAGAAUAUUUAGUAAAACUACUGCUACCAAUCACAGAAGACGAAUUGGCUGUUCUAGAUUUAAAUUCCAAUACUAAAAGUGUUAAUGACCUCACGAACGGUGUAGAUGAAACGUCAAGUGUGAAAUCCAGUCAAGCGAAUGAGUGUAGUGAGAAGGAAGUAUUGGAGAACGGUAGUCAGAUGUCUAUAAAGACGGACGAGUUGAACAGUGAACAGAGCAAGUCACAGUCGUCCGCUAGGGACCUGGACGUCGACAGUGAACAGAAAGAUGGGAUGGUGAACGGUGAUGAAAAUGAGGGUGUGUACGAUCUAGCGCCGCGGUCUACUGAUACGUAUAGUAAGAAGAUGCAGGCGUAUAACAACAUGAGUGAGAUUGAAAAGGAAGAGAUUAGGAGGGUGAAUCGAGCUGAGAAUUACGCGUUGUUGGAACGCAUGCGAUCGUUAGCUAACCGACAUCACACGUACCAGGGACCGCCGCCUGUUAAUUUGUUGGAGAAACAGUAUCUGCUGAUCACGCGGUCGUGCACGGAGGCGAGCGUGAGCGCGCGCGCGGCGCACAACGCGGACAAGAACCGCGUCGGCGGCGUGCUGCCCUCCGACGCCGCGCGCGUGCUGCUCGUGCCCAAGCCGGGCGUCGACGGUAGCGAGUACGUGAACGCGUCGUGGGUGUGCGGGCGGCGGCGGCUGCGCGAGUGGGCAGUGGCGCAGCACCCGGCGCGGCUCGCGGCCGACCUGUGGCGGCUGCUCUGGGACCACACGGCGCAGCUCGUGCUGCUGCUCAGCGACGCUACCGACCCGGAAUGUGAAGUAUUCUGGCCAACGGAAGAAGAAAAAGAGUUAUUUGUAGCAAACUUCAGAGCGAGCUUCGUCUCUAAAGACACAUAUGUUGCGUAUCGAAAAUCAGACAGGAAACCAUCGGUCGACACGCCCACCGAGCCGGAAACGAACGGAUACAGGCGGCAAGAGAGCGACUGCGCGGACGACGAGAGGUUAAUACCGGAAAACAAUUCGCCCGUAGCGGACACCGAGCCCGCGUACAGGUACGAUAGAACAGAACUGAGACUGGAAAGACUGAGCACCGGCAACCGCGAUCUAUCGACGAGGAAGUCCAUAGCGAACGGUGAUUUGUUUUCAUCGAUGUCAGAGAAGAGGAACGGGCCGAAGUCUCCGAAGAGUCCGUCAAAAAUGUCCCUCAAGAAUUUCAAGCUGAGCUCCCCGACUAAGUUCAAGUUCCCGGAUUGGGGCUCCAGGGGGGCGGGGGCUCCGCCCGAGAGCGCGCCCCCGCCGCCGCCCGUGCCGCCCGCGCUGUCCGUGCACCAGGAGGCCGAGCUGCGCCGCCCCUGCUACACCUUCCGCAAGGUCGACCGCGUCCCGGACGACACGCCCGCCGACCGCGUCAUCGAGGUCAUCAACGUCAGCGUGCACUCGCUGCAGGACGACUAUCAGCUUAGUGUCAAGUUUAUCCGGUGUAGCGGUUGGCUGGAAGGCGAUACCACGGAGUACGUGGCCGGGAGGCCCGACGACAACGAGUUCGUGCGGGGCGUGAGGCAAGCCAGCAGUGAUACUGAAAGGGAAGAGGCGGUAGAUAGGCUUAUAGAGCCGUACAAGGACUCGUUCGCGUUGAUAGAAUUCGUCGCCGGUUGUCAAAUGGAAUAUAAGAAUGGACCGGUCGUCGUCGUCGACAAAUACGGAGGAUGGAAAGCGAUGACCUUCUGCACGCUGAGCGCCGCGUGCGGGGGCGCGCGCGACCCGCACGCGCACGACCCGCACGCCGCGUUCCGUGCGCCCGCCGACGGCCGCGCCGCGCUCUACCGCAGCAGCGCGCUCGCCGCGCACGCGCGCUGCGGCGCCGAGCAGCGGCCGCACUCCCUGCCCGCGCUGCUGGCCGCCUACUGCGCGCUCGCCAACUACGGCCGCCUCCUGCACGCGCGCGCCCGCAGGUUUUCAAAAACAUCACACCAAGAAUCGCGGUAAUACUCUAGUUGUUAUGGUAUAAUUAUGGAAUAAAUACUCAGUGCGUUGUGUGGCCGGACGCCAUCUUUGCAAUCGCAGUGUCGCGAUGACGUCACGCUUGACACUUGGCAUUAUGCGUCCCGUCGCAUCUUGAGUCACGCGUCUUACGUUACAUGUUAAGUGUCAGCAGUACAAUUAUAAUUUGUAAUAUAAGAACGAACUGGCAGCUAAAUAAUUAGUUAGGACUGUACACAGAAAUUGCGGAUUAAACAGACUGUUCCUAAUACGGUAAAAUGCAGCUAAAAAUUAGCUCAAUAAAUACCAAAUUCAAAGUAGUUACAAUAAUUCCUAUUGUGGAAUUAUUGGAGUAUUAUUUUAUGAUUGCUUGUAUCAUAUAUGUCCAACGUUGGCGACCAACUUUUGGCGUUGGAACCAAGUUUGUUACCAACUCAAUUAACGCUAGAGAUGAGUACGAGAUAGAAUCUCACGGAGUGAAAUAUGAUGUAUUUGUCGCGAGGAUAUGUCAAUCUGAUCACUGCCACUAAUGUGUUCUCACUUAGUGGUUUCGUAUACAAUUUAUUAUCAUGUAAUUUGCAACCUUAUAUAAGAAGCUAAUAAGGUAGGUUAUACAUUAACAUCAGUGAUAAGUUUGAUUUAUUAUGUGAUGUGUGGUCAUAGUUCGCGUCGUGUGACUAUCUUUUUUUUAAUAACAAUAAGAAUUGACAUAUUCCGCAUUUCUCAAAUUAAAUCUAAGAACACAAAUAUGGCAUUUAUUAUUUUUUAGUUUAUAAACCAGUACGUACGAGGCAAUCAGUAAUGCUCAAAGUGUUAAACAAUAAUUUAGGAGUGAAAUUAAUUUGAAUUAAGGCUUUGUCUCUUAUGAAAUAAGAUGUGGUUGUGGGCAUUAUGAAUAUUUAUGUCACGAGAAAAGAAAUACGGAUUUUUCUAGCAUUUUUUUCAAAGACGAUCAUUUUGGCUAAGUGACUUCGCUUGGGUGUUUUUCAGUUUUUUAGAGUUUGAUAGGAAAAGAGUACAGAGCAUCGCAUUUAUAACACAUUCCACUUGAUUCCCCACCAUCACUUACAGCAAAUAAAAAAAAAAUCCUAGUAUUAAACUGGUCAGCUUUAAUAUAUCACAUUAUUUUAUGUUAUUAUAUACUUUUACUAAACAAAAGAUAUAAAUUUCAAAAUUGUAUUAAAAUAUUACAAUAGGCGACGGUUAUAACUUAAAAUCAUGUAGGCCGUAAGCUUAGUUAACAUUCCAGUUAAAAAAAAAGUUUUGGUUAGUGUGCAUUAUAUUUCUCAUCGUGUA